AUGAAUAAGAAUAUAUUGUGGAUAACUUUUCUUUAUUUUUUAUUUUUUCUCUUGGAUAUGUACCAAGGAAAUGAUGCAACUCCCGGAAAAGAAAAAAAAAAGGAUCCAGAAGCAGAUUCUAACAACUCACAGAAUCAACAUGAUAAAAAGAAAACACACCAUAUGAACAAUAAUUAUGAUCUGAAUAUUAAGGAUAAAGAUGAAAAAAAAAGAAAAAAUGAUAAUUUAAUCAAUAAUUAUAAUAACUCUCUUUUAAAGUUAUCUUAUAUUAAGAAUCAAGAUAAUAUAUAUAAGAAUAUACAAAAUGGCCAAAAGCUUAAAAGAGACAUAAUAUUAAACUCAUUUGUUCAAAUUAAUUCAUCAAACAUAUUAAUGGAUGAAAUAGAAAAUUAUGUGAAAAAAUAUACCGAAUCGAAUCGUAUUAUGUACAUACAAUUUAAAUAUAUAUAUCUACAAUCCUUAAAUAUAACAGCAUAUUUUGUACCUCCGAAUUCACCAUUUCAAAGUUAUUAUAACAAAUAUUUAAAUAAAGAUAUAAAUGAGAUUUGCCAUUCAAUACAAACACUUCUAAACAAUGUAAUAUCUUCCAAAAUAAUAUUUAAGAUGCUAGAAACUACAAAAGAACAAAUAUUACUUUUAUGGAAUAACAAAAAAAUUAGUGAACAAAAUUAUAAUCAAGAAAAUGAAGAAAAAUGUAAAAGGAUCGAUUCGGAAAAUGAAAAAAUAGAAAAGUAUACCAACAAGUUUGAACAUGAUAUCAAACCUCAUAUAGAAGAUAUAGAAAAAAAAGUAAAUGAAUAUAUUAAUAAUUCGGAUUGUCAUUUAACAUGUUCAAAAUAUAAAACUAUUAUAGAUAAUUAUAUAAAUGAAGUAAUAAUAACUAAUAUAAAUAUAUACGAAAACAAAUAUAAUCUACCACAAGAACGAAUUAUCAAAAAUUAUAAUCAUAAUGGUAUCAAUAAUGAAGAUAAUUUUAUAGAAUAUAAUAUUCUUAAUGCAGAUCCUGAUUUAAGAUCUAAUUUUAUAACACUUCUUGUUUUAAGAAAACAAUUAAUCUAUAUUGAAUAUAUUUAUUUUAUUAACAAAAACAUUAUAAAUAAAAUUCAAGAAAACUUUAUAUUAAAUCAAAAUAAAUAUAAACAUUUUAUUAAUUCAAAUAAUGCUGUUAAUCCUGCUAAAGAAUAUGAAUAUAUCAUAAAAUAUUAUACUACAUUCAAAUAUCUACAAUUAUUAAAUAAAUCAUUAUACGACUCUAUAUAUAAACAUAAAAUAAACAAUUAUUCUAAUACCAUUGAAGAUCUUAUAAAUCAACUACAACAUAAAAUUAAUGACCAAAUGAUUAUCUCAUUCGACAAAAAUAAUUCAUCAGAUAUUAUAUUACAAUGUACAAAUAUAAAAAAAUUUAUCAAUGAUAAUAAAUAUUUAUCCAUUAAACCUAAAGUAUUAGAAGUUGAAUACUUAAGAAAUAUAAAUAAACACAUCAACAAAAAGGACUUCCUAAAUAAAUUCAUGCAAAACGAAACAUAUAAAAAAAAUAUAGAUGAUAAAAUCAAAGAAAUGAAUAAUAUAUACGAUAAUAUAUAUAUCAUAUUAAAACAAGAAUUCUUAAACAAAUUAAAUGAAAUCAUGCAAAAUCAUAAAAAUAAACAAGAAACAAACUUAAAUACUACAACUAUUCAAGAAUUGUUACAACUUCUAAAGGAUAUUAAAGAAAUACAAAGAAAUCAAAUCGAUGCAAAAAUGAAUACUUUUAAUAUGUAUUAUAACGAUAUACAACAAAUAAAAAUAAAGAUUAAUCAAAAUGAAAAAGAAAUAAAUAAGGUACUCACUCAAUUAUAUAUUCCAAAAAAUCAACAAGAAUAUAUACAAAUAUAUAUAACUGAAUUAAAUGACAGAAUAAAAGAAACACAAACAAAAAUUAAUUUAUUUAAUAAAAUUUUAGAAUUAAAAGAAAAAGAAAAAGAAAAUUAUAUUACAAAUAAACAUACUUAUCAAAAUUUUACACACAAAACUAUUCAACAAAUAUUACAACAACAAUAUAAAAACAACACACAAGAAAAAAAUACACUAGUACAAUUAUUAUACAAUAUAGAUAUCAAAAAAUAUAUUCAUGAAUUAAUACUUAUCACACAAGAAAUACAAACCAAAAUGUAUACAACUAAUAAUAUAGAACAUAUUAAACAAAUGCUCAUAAAUUAUAUACAAAAAUGUAAACCUAUACAAAAUAUAUCAGAACAUAAUAUUUAUACACUAUAUCAAGAAAUCAAAACAAAUCUUGAAAACAUCCAACAGGAAAUUAUCCAAAAUAUACAACAAACUACAAAUCGCUUAAAAACAAACAUAAAAAAAAUAUUUGAUGAAAUAAAUCAAAAAUAUGACGACUUAACCAAAAAUGUAAAUCAAAUGAAUGAUACAAAAAUUGUAUUACGACAAAUGGAAAAUAGGUUGAAAGGGAAAUAUGAAGAAAUAAAAAAGGAAAAUCUUCAAGAUAGGGACAUCAAAUAUAUAGGCGAAAAUAAUGAUGGUAAUAAUAAUAAUAAUGAUAAUAUUAUUAUUAAUGGUAAUAAUCACACUGGUGAUUAUAAUUACACCUUGUUCCAUUAUGCUGACCUUUGGGAUAAUUCACAAUUUACUAGAACAAAAGAAAAUAUACAAACCAACAUAAAUAAUAUUAAAAGUUUAAUAAGAAAUUUACAAAACGAACUAAACAAUUAUAAUACUCUUAAAAGCAAUGGCAGUCAUUUUUAUGAUAAAAUACACACAUUAGAAGAAUUAAAAAUAUUAACUCAAGAAAUUAAUGAUAAAAAUGUUAUGACAAAAAUAUAUGAUAUUGAAAACACAUAUCAAAAUGAUUUACAUAACAUAGAAGAAAUUAUUAAAAAUAUUACAAGCAUUUAUUACAAAAUAAAUAUCUUAAAUAUAUUAAUUAUUUCCAUCAAACAAACAUAUAAUAAUAAUAAAUCCAUUGAAAGCUUAAAACUUAAAAUUAAUAACUUAACAAAUUCAACACAAGAAUAUAUUAAUCAAAUAAAAGGUAUCCCAACUAAUUUAUUACCAGAACAUAUAAAACAAAAAAGUUUAAGCGAACUAAAUAUUUAUAUGAAACAAAUAUAUGAUAAAUUAAAUGAAAAUGUUAUUAAUAAUUUAUAUACAAAAUCGAAGGAUUCAUUACAAUUUUAUAUUAACGAAAAAAAUAAAAAUAUAAAUAAUAAUAAUGAUCAUAAUGAUGUAUAUAAUGAUAUCAAAGAAAAUCAAAUAUAUAAAAAUAAUAAAUUAUAUGAAUGCAUACAAAUCAAAAAGGAUAUAGACGAAUUAUAUAAUAUUUAUGAUCAACUCUUUAAAAAUAUAUCCCAAAAUUAUAAUAACCACUCUCUUAGUUUUGUACAUUCACUAAAUAAUCAUAUGCUAUCUAUUUUUCAAGUUACUAAAUAUGGAAAACACAAAAAUCAACAAAUCCUAUCAGAUAUAGACAAUAUUAUAAAACAAAAUGAACACAAAGAAUCAUAUACAAAUUUAGACACAAGUAAUAUACAACUAAUAAAAGAACAAAUUAAAUAUUUCUUACAAAUAUUUCAUAUACUUCAAGAAAAUAUAACCACUUUCGAAAAUCAAUAUAAAGAUUUAAUUAUCAAAAUGAACCAUAAGAUUAAUAAUAAUCUAAAAGAUAUUACACAUAUUGUCAUAAACGAUAACUAUACAUUACAAGAACAAAAUCAUAUUUAUAAUGAACUUCAAAACAAAAUCAAACAAAUAAAAAAUGUCAAUGAGGUAUUCACACAUAAUAUUAAUUAUAAUCAACAAAUAUUAAAUUAUUCUCAAGCACAAAAUAACUUUUUUAAUAUAUUUAUGAAAUUUCAAAGCAUUAAUAAUGAUAUUAAUAGGAAAAGAUAUAACGUACAAAAAAAAAUUACUGAGAUAAUUAAUUCAUAUGAUAUAAUAAAUUAUAACAAAAAUAAUAUCAAAGAUAUGUAUCAACAAUUAAAAAAUAUACAACAACAAUUAAAUACAACAGAAACACAAUUGAAUCAUAUAAAACAAAAUAUUAAUCAUUUCCAAUAUUUUUAUAAAUCAAAUCAAACCAUAUCUAUAGUAAAGAAUAUCCAAAAUGAAAAACUAAAAAUUCAAGAAUUCAACAAAAAAAUACAACACUUCAAGGAACAAACACAAAUUAUGAUAAACAAGUUAAUACAACCUAGCAACAUACAUUUACAUAAAAUGAAAUUGCCUAUAACUCAACAGCAAGCUAAUACACAUCUUCAUAGAAAUGAACACACAAAAAAUGAUACAAAAAGUUACAAUAUGAAGGAUGAGGAAAAUGCAAUGGGAUAUGGCACAACUAAUGAAAGGAAAAAUAGUGGGACAAAUGACAUGAUAAAUAGUACCAUAGGCGACAACACAAAUGUCUUAACAAAUGAUGAUCAAGAAAGAGGUAAAAGGGACACUUCUAGAAAUAAUAAUAUUCAUACAAAUGAAAAGAAUAUAAAUAAUGAACAUACAAAUGAACAAUAUCCACAUAAAGAGCAUCCAAAUAAUUAUCAACAAAAAAAUGAUGAAAAAAUAUCACUACAACAUAAAACAAUUAAUACAUCACAACGUACCAUAGAUGAUUCGAAUAUGGAUCGAAAUAAUAGAUAUAAUACAUCAUCACAACAAAAAAAUAAUUUGCAUACAAAUAAUAAUAGUAAUAGUAGAUACAACAAUAACCAUGAUAAACAAAAUGAACAUAAAUAUAAUCAAGGAAAAUCUUCAUGGAAAGAUAACUCAUAUUGGAGAAUUUUUUAUGCUGGAGGAAUUACAGCUGUCUUACUUUUAUGUUCAAGUACUGCAUUCUCUUUUAUAAAAAACUCGAAUGAACCACAUCAUAUUUUUAAUAUUUUUCAAAAGGAAUUUAGUGAAGCAGAUAAUGCACAUUCACAAGAAAAAGAGGAAUAUCUACCUGUCUAUUUUGAUGAAGUUGAAGAUGAAAAUGAGGAUUUUAAUGACAUAUGA